GGGCAGCAGGGAGCCGGCGGCCCCGGGAAAGCCGAACCCGCAGGCACCCCCUUCCCGCAGGAAAGUUAAAGUGAUGCCGGCGGAGCGAGGAGCAGGAGGAGCACGCUGCCGGUGUGUUGUGCUGGGAUAGCGAGUUCGGCACGGGACGUGUCCCCGCCGGGACCGGGCCCUUCCCCGGUGACAGAAAUAGCUGCCGGGAGCGACUGCGUCGCACGUGGGAGCAGAGAAGCAGGUGCAGAGCCAAGGCUCACAGCAAUUCUGGAGAGCAUGUCCUGUGAGGAGCGGCUGAGGGAGCUGGGGUUGUUCAGCCUGGAGAGCAGGAGGUUCAGGGGGGACCUUAUCACUCUACAGCCGCGUGAAAGGAGGGUGUAGCCAGGUGGGGGUCGGCCUCUCCUCCCAGGCAACAAGUGACAGGACGAGAGGACAUAAUCCUAAAUUGCACCAACGGACGUUUAAAUUGGACAUUAGGAAGAAUUUCUUCACUGUGGAAGUGAUUGGACAUUGGAAUGGACUCUCCAGAGUGGUGUUGGAGUCACUGUCCCCGAAGCUGUUUAAGGAAAGACUGGACGUGGCACUGAGUGCCCUGGUCUACUUGACAAGGACUCGAAAAAUCCUCUUUAAAAGGUGCAGUGCUCUGGAAGCUGUUACUGCCUAUAGAAAAAUGGACAUGUUGCAGAUACUACGUAAAACCACAGAGCGCUUGGAAUGUGACUACUGCAGCUUCAGGGGAACUGAUUAUGAAAACAUACAAAUUCAUAUGGGCACUGUUCACCCAGAGUAUUGUGAUGAAAUGGAUGCUGCUGGUUUGGGUAAACUUAUCUUUUAUCAAAAAAGUGCAAAACUGUUUCACUGCCAUAAAUGUUUCUUUACCAGCAAGAUGUAUUGCAACGUAUAUUACCACAUCAAAGCACAGCAUGCAGCACCUGAGAAGUGGAACGAAGAGCAGAAAGAGCAACAGGUAGAAGGAGAUUCAGAUUCAUCCAAGAAAAGUGUCACAUUGGAGCCACAGAAACCUACCCUUUCCCCUGAGUCACGCAAACCUGCCCUUUCUCCUGACCUCCCCAAAUCUGAACCUGUUGUUUCCCCCAAGCUUCAGAAAUCUUCUGUGUCCCCGGAGCCCCAGAAGUCUGUUCAGGUGACUUCCCCAGAGCCAGAGAAGUCAGUCCAGACUGUGUCCCCAGAUCCAGAAAAGUCAGCCCAGGCCACAUCUCCCGAUCCAGAGAAGUUAGCCUCAUCUAUGUCCCCUGACCCACAGAUGCCACCUCCUGCUGUGUCUCCUGACCCACAGAAGCCAUCUCCUGUCAUGUCUCCUGACCCACAGAAGCCAUCUCCUGCUGUGUCCCCCGACCCACAGAAGCCAGCCCCAGCCGUGUCGCCAGAGCCCCGUCGGCACUCCCCAGCAACGUCUCCAGAGCCCCGUCGGCAUUCCCCCGCCAUAUCACCUGAGCCCCGGCGCCAUUCUCCUGCUGUGUCUCCAGAACCCCGCAGAUACUCCCCAGCUGUGUCACCAGAGCCAAAGAAACCUCCUCCAGCAGUGUCCCCUGAGCCACGGAGGUAUGCCCCAGCUGGGUCUCCUGAGCCACGGAGGCAUCCCUCUCAAAUGCGUAGGCCCGCUUCUGCUUCUUCUCCUGAAAGCCGGAGGCCUGCUUCUGCAGUUUCACCAGAGUCAUGGAGACCUGGUCCCACUGUUUCCCCUGAGCCCUGGAGGUCUUCACCUCAUGAAGUGCAGAAGUCUUCCACAGUUUCUCCCUGGGCUUCAAAGCCUGCCAUGUCGGUGUCCGUAGAAUCCCGGAGGUCUGCCCCCGAGUCCCGAAGGCCUGGUUCGGUUGUGUUGCCAGAACCUAGGAGGCUUGUUUCUGAUUCGUGUAAGUCUACGUCCUUUUCUGAAUCUCAGAAGUCUACUCUUGUUUCUUCUGAGCCCUGGAAACCCAUCUCAUCUGUUUACCCUGAAGGCUGGAAACCUGUUCUGUCCCCUGACACAUGGAAGCAUUCUCCCCCUGUUUCUCCUGAUCUUCGAAAGUCCAGUCACACUGUUUCCUCUGACUCUUGGAAGCCUUCUUUCUUUCCUGAGGUCCGUAAGCCUGGUGUUUCAGUAUCUCCUGAAUCUUGGAAACUCUCUGAGUCACGGAAAUCUAUGUAUUUUUCUGAAACUCAGAAAUCCACCUCUGCUGCUUCAUCUGAGAUUCAGAAACGGUCUCAUUUCCCUGAACCUCGGAAAAGAGUGUUGUUCCCAGAGACUCGUAAAUCUAAUCCUACUGCUUCUACUGAUGUCCAGAAACGUGCUGUCUUUUCUGAGCCCCAGAAUCAGAUGUCUGCUUCUGCUAUUUCUGCUGAAGGUCAAAAGCAAGCUCUGUGUUCUGAAGCCCAAAAAUCCGCUCUUGUUUCUUCUGAAGUCCAGAAGCAUGCCCUGUUUUCUGAAGCCCAAAAACUCACUUCCAUUUCCUCUGAAGUUCAGGAGUCUACUUCCUUUCUAGAGUCACAGAAAUCCACAUCUCCUGAAGUUCAGAAACAUGGCCUCUUUACUGAGUCCCAGAAACCUACUCCUGUUUCUCCUGAGACACUUAAGCAAGCUGUUUUCACAGACUGCCAGAAAUCUGCUGUUUCCCCUGAUGUUCAAAAGCAUGCUGUAUUUUCUGAGAUGCAGAAGCCUGCUGCUGCUCUAUCCUCUGAUGUCCAGAGACAUGCUGAAACUACUGUACCUUCUGAAAUCCAGAAGAACAUCCUGUUUUCCGAGCCUCACAAGCCUGCUUCGGGCUUUUUCUCUGAGCUCCAAACACCUAGUGAGUCGGGUGAGAGUGACUUUCUCUCACACAGUUUAGAUGAUCAGAAACCACUGGAUGAUUUAUUCUCACAGGAUGAACAAUCACUAUUAGCCAAAGAAUCACCUGAACACAUGUUAUAUUCAUGCCCAAAAAAGAAGCCCAAGAAGGAAAACCAGGAGAACUCAGAUUCUGAACUAAAUAGCAGUGAGUGUGGAAAACCAGUGGUGGACUCAAUGGAGAUAAAGGAACAAGAAUCCAACAGUGACCAGGAGCAGUAUGAUAUGGAGUCAUCUGAUUACAGCAAAGAGAGCAAAAUGGAUGCAACUACGCCUACGCAGCCACAGUGUGUGCUUCAGUUUACUGAAGAGAAAGAGGCUUUCAUCUCUGAGGAAGAAAUAGCAAAAUACAUGAAGCGUGGCAAGGGAAAGUAUUACUGCAAAAUUUGUUGCUGUCGUGCAAUGAAAAAAGGUGCUGUCUUGCACCAUUUAGUUAACAAGCAUAAUGUUCAAAGCCCAUACAAAUGUAAAAUAUGUGGCAAAGCUUUUCUCUUGGAGUCUCUUCUUAAAAAUCAUGUUGCUGCUCAUGGUCAAAGUCUGUUGAAGUGUCCCCGUUGUAAUUUUGAAUCAAAUUUUCCCCGAGGCUUUAAGAAACAUUUAACCCAUUGCCAAAGCCGUCAUAGUGAUGAUACACCUAAAAAACACUUGGACAGCCUUGAACCACUCGAAGAACAAAUUUAAUCUUUUUUUCCCCUUGUGCUAGAAAAGCUGAAUUUACGAAGUGUUCAAAAGUGUUAUUGUAUGUUAACCGAGUAGUUUAGCUGAUCUGACAAGUCAGAAGAUGCAUGGUUUAUUGUACUAUGUUUAACUUGUCUUAUAGCUGUAUUACUGAAAAGAUUUACUUUUGAAAGUAAUUUUAAAUGCGUGUUCAUGUCUUUGUAUUACCCAUCAGUAGAGUCAUAUUUUAUUUUUCAGAUGUACUAUGUUUUUGAAACCAAAAUGGAUACAAAUUAGUUUUGUAAAGAUUUGUAAAACAUAUAGGCAAUUAAGGACUGGAGUGGCAAACAAUCUGUAUUUUCCUGUGAAGACAACUUCUUUUUCCACAUUUGUUAAAUGUUGUAUUUUUUAAAAUGUUUUUAUCAAGUUCUCAAAUCAAAAUUCUCACUAAAUUGAAUGUGAAUGAGCAAGAAUAUGAGGAACUACCAAUAUUCCUGGAAUAAUUCUGCCCUGAGGUUGUAAUUGAGUGUAUAGACAUUUGCUGGAAAUUUAUUGCACUCAGUUCUCUGACUUGUCUCAGAUUUAGAAGCAUCAAGGUACUUAUUUUGUGAUUCUGUAUUUUGGCCAUGUUUUAAUUAUUUACUAAUAUCCAUUAAAUUGAUAGAUUAACAUCAGACUAUGUAUAGCUCAACACUUUCUCUUGAUGAUCCAGAUGUUUGUAAUGUCAGACAACCCCUAAAUUUCCUGUAAUUGGUGAAAUGUUAUGCUUUAAUGUUUUAACAAUAAAAAGAAAUCCAACCUGG